UAGGAGAAGAGAAAAAAAGACGUGAAACAAUUGCUCAAGGUUUUAUUAUGCUUAAAGAACAACUCCCAGUCACUUACUCUAAAAAGGGUAAUGCAAAAUUAUUGAAAAAAGUACAAAGAGAAAAAGGAUUGGAAAAACUUCAACUUGAAUUAAAUCAACUGAAAAAAAACUUGCGACAAUUUGAAUACAGAAUUGGAAUUCUUUAA